AUGCCGGAAAUCAGCGCUCCGCCGCCGCGGCCGAAGCUGAAGCUUAGCGUAGGCUCGCGACAACCCUCGUUUAGCGAACAGAACGGCGCGACGCCAUCGGCGUCGACUCCAUCCUCAUCCAUGAAGAUUAAGCUGAAGUCAUCACAACCGCCGACACCGGCUGGGCCCGCGGCGCCUACCCCCUCCAAGACGAAAGCUGGACGACAGCCCAAGCCGACAAGCAAGCUCAUCGAGUCCAAGAAGCGGGAACAGGACGACGACGAUGAUAAUGGCGGUGGGAGCCAGCCGUCGAAGAAGAUUAAGCUCCUGAAAACACCGACUGCGUCGACGCCUAGAACUGGCCAUAUUGUCGUCAAGUCAAAAGGCAAACCGCCUGUACACCCGCCUGGCGAUGGUUACGACUCCGAGGCUAGCGAUCAGGAGAAGGAUCCUACAAUCGAGGAGCAGUUCAUCUUGCGCAUGAUGCCCGGUGAACACUGCGAAUACGUCAGGAAAUGUAUUGAGGAAGGGAAGGUUGGUGUCCCUAGGAAGGACGGCGGCGCGGACAUCCUGAUGAAGUUCUUCGAGGAGGAGACACGGCGCGCCAUGGUAGUAGUGAAGGGGCAGCCCUACGCCGCGGUCAUGGUGGAGUUGCCCACGAUCACUGAGGGUAUGAAGUCUUGGGACCGAAAGACCUUGAUGAAGUCUGCCGACAUUUGCCACAUGCUCCUGGUCUUCCAGCAAGUAAGGAGCGAAGAGGAAGCAAAGAAGGCGCCGUUGCCUGCAAUAAUCCAGCAUGGCUUCAAGUGGCCUCAUGGUCUAACGCCACCCAUGCACGACGCUACAAACCAAAGAUUCGCCAAGAUUAUUAGUCGCUCGGAGAUCGAGCUGAAGGAAAACGAGGUUAAGAAGCUCCUGCAGGCCGACGCGGCCGCAUUGUCCUCCAAAUACGAACUUGUCGACGACCGAAAGAUGCAGUCUGGUGACGAAUAUUCCGAUGACGAGCAAGACGCUGACGGUGAGGCGGACGACAGCGGCUAUUUCCCGGCUGACGGCUACAACGAUGGCGAACUCGAUGAGCACGAUGAUGAUCUGGAGGCCGAGCUUAUGGCUGCUUUCGAGGAAGAGGCGAUGAACCAGGCUACGACAGAAGUUGGCACGCCAGCAACACAACUUGAGGCUGCUACACCCAUGACUAUGAACACGGGCACACCCGCACACAAUGCUCAGGAUAGUGGUGACGGCGAGGGGUCAGUCGCGAGCGAGGAGGACGAAGACGACGACGACGAUGACGAUGACGAUGAUAAGGAGCGGCUGGACGAGGUCAAGGCAGUGCGAGAGGAUAUUGCGCAGCUGAAGAACGAGAUCGCGAAGAAGGAACAAGAGAAGUCGAGCCAAACCAACAAAAUUCUGAGGAACCGUGUCGAGGCUCGCCUGAAGGAUCUAAGAGCAGAACUGUCACUCAAGCAGGCGUCUAUCGGAGAACAGGAGGAGGAUGAAGAUUAA